AUGAAUUGGGUUCUGACUACAGACUCUCUACCCGGUGGCUCAACACAGUCAGCGCCAUUGAUAGGGGAGUCAAUUUUCGAAAGCGAAGAUGCUGAAGACUGGGGCGAUUUUGUCGACUCCGAUGAAGAGCCCGAUGUGGAAUUCGCCUGCGAAGCUAUCAACCUCUACCCUAAAGGAUCUUGCUACCCAAUUUCUAUCAGUGACAUUAUCGUCGAGCGGUAUCGCAUUAUCCAUAAACUCGGUCAUAGCGCUUUCUCGACUGUUUGGGUAGCGCAAGAUAUGACUAAAAAUAGAGAUGUGGCGCUCAAGAUCUUGAUGCUGGGGAGUCCCGAUGACCGUGACUGUCAAAUGCAGAGCGAGAUCAUCAGCAUAGCAAAGGAUUUGACGUAUUUGUUACUCUAUCAUCGAACGUUUCUGCUGCCCAGCCCUCAUGGUCAACACCGUGUUUUCGUCUUUCCCCCCAAAGGACCAAACUUGAGAAAUUACCCACCUAGAAAAGCGCCUAUCGCUACCAGUAUGCUAUUUGCAGUACAGUUACUCAAGGCCUUAAAAGCACUUCACGAAGCUGAGAUUGUUCAUGCAGACUUAAACACCGCUAACAUAAUGUACACCCUACAACCUCUCAAUAACAUUAUAUCUGAAAAGUACAAGCAAAUCGGGAGACCGAGAAAAAUGAAACUAUGGACUGAGCAGUGGAAAGAUGGCGAACUGGUUAUGCCAAUGAAGCCAAAAGAGGAACUCAUAGGAGAUUCCAUCGUUCUCGGUGACUUUUAA